AAAUAAGUUAUGUAUUGUUGUAUGGUUCAUACGAAUUUCUCACUAGAGUGCAAUUUCGAAAGUUCAACACAAUAAAAUACUAGGUUUUAAUCGUAUUUAUCACACAAAUUUAACAGAAGGUUUUCUUGAAGGAGCUACCAAUAAUCCUGGCGAUUUAUUUUUAAAUGGAAAUCUUCAGACUUGGAGAGGUCGGACCUCCUAAAGAUGAUGAUUUUCAUCGCUUUAAGAUCUUCGUUAAAGACGAAACAAACUGGAAACGCCGACAUAAAAAGAAGAAUGUAGAAGUUUUUACACGCUCAACCCCACAUACUAAUAUGAAAAUGAUCAAAGUUGUAGCCAUAUUUCCAGACGUAUCGUCGCAUGUGAUAUAUGACAUGUUGCAUGACAACGACUACCGAUCGUCGUGGGACAAUACUAUGAAGGAGUCGACUGAAAUUUGCCGUAUUACAUGGAACUGUUCUAUCGAACAUUUUGGAUUCAGAGCACCAUUCGCCUUUGCUAAUCGCGACUUUGUUAUGUUGCGCGCGUGGCAACCAUAUGAAAAUGAGUACAUUAUAUUCAAUCGAUCGGUAUUUCACAAGAAAGUGCCACCACGAUCAGAUUAUGUGCGAGCCAUGACAUUCAUUACUGGUUAUGUUAUCACUGCCAUUAGUCCUGUAUCAUGCCAAUUGAUGUAUUUAACGCAGAACGAUCCGAGAGGUGAUAUUCCAUCAUGGGCAAUAAACCUAGCAACCACAAAGGUGGCCCCACGUCUUGUAAAGUCACUUCAUCGAGCUGCUCUAUGCUACCCGGGUUGGAAAGCUCAGAACCGACCAGAAUUUAAACCAUGGCGAAAUCCCGAACAACAAAACAAAUCUGUACCUGCACUGUGUUAUAGUGAUAUCUUGAGGGAGCCCGACUUUUCUCUAAAGAAGGUUCAUGAGAAACAUGUGAGCAAAGAAAAAGCCCUGAAAGAAGUUGGUUUACCGCUUGACACAAGUGCUCAAGUUAAUGUGUGUGUUGAUAUGACGGAAAAAACUUGAAGCAUUAUUUGAUGUUUGUUCAUUAUUUACAAAUAUACCAAGGAAGAGACUAUAACUACGGAAUUCCACCAUUCCAUAUUACUGCAUUUGCUACAAAAUGAGUUUAAAAAAUUACUCUUACUAUGCAUGAAAGGGGUUCGAAUAAAAUUUGAUCACCAGUUAUGCAGACAAGUUGAUGGGGUGACCAUGGAAUUGUCACUAAAGCAUUUUUGGCCAUCUUUAUAGCUAAUCUUGAAUAAGGGGAACUUAAACAAGAAAUCGAAGAUGCAACAUUCUACAGAAGGUUUGGUGAAAAUACAUUUAAUGUUUGUAAUAAUAUCAUUCAUGUCUCAUCGUCGCCUUAUCAGCUUAGUGAAGCACAUGUUUGCAUAAAUUUUAUGAUGUAAUAUGAGCAUAAAAAUCAGUUCGACUAUUUAAACCCAAUAACAAAACGCAUGAACGAUGGAAGAACAGAGAAGACCUUAUUCAAAAAAUAAAUAUGGACAGGUAAACAGUAAUGAUUAUUUUCAAUUGUUCUAACCGGUUAAUUGAACUGAGUAUACGAUGGACAACCAGUUCGGUCAGUAAAAUAACAUAUUUAUUUAUUUAUCCGGAUUCUAUGUAUCAUCUGUCACGUUUGAUUUUGAUCUAUCAAAUGAUCUCAUUUCAUUAUUAACCAUAAACGGGGGCAAUUUACGGUCAGUGGGAUUUUUUCUCAUAUCAGAUCUACAUACACAUACAUAUACCUGUUAUCUUACACCAUUCACGCUUUUGCACAUCAAGUGACUGACAAGAACCAUAACAUAUCCUUUUUCUGAGAUUAUUACCAUGAUUGGACGGUUUACUGAGUAUACAGUUACAUGUGAACUAUAAAUUCAUAUUCGAAUAUUUUGAAGUCUUAUUUUAUUCGCUAAUGAAAGUUCGGACCAGAUUGACGAGCGCAAUGUUGGAUUUAUUUAACGUUUAUUCGUCGAGAUUCAUAAAAAUAUAACUUUCAUUUUAAGGUAAACUAUUUAAAAAUUUUGAACACCAUAUGACAGUUUGUCAGUCAGCAAUUUUAAAGUAAUUCUUCCCUUAUUAGUUAUGCUUCAUAACAAUGAAUUGAUGAUACCUGGCAAACCCAUUUGUCAUGUCCUCAUUUCUUACUAAAAAUGUCAAAAAUUUAUCAUUAUGAUAAGUUAACAAAACCAUCAACUCUUGAACUAGUGGAACGUAUUUAAAGUGUCACUUCAUAAAAAGAAUUUAUCAUAUAUGUACUAUGCAACUAGGAUUUUAUUUCCUAGUUAGCUAAUUAAUAAGUUCACAAAGAUAAAAUAACAAAAGAUAAUAGAACAACUUCAAUUAGUUAGUAGUAAAUAUCUCAACGCUACGUGUUGGUAGCAUACGUCUUAAAUCUUUUGUGAGUGAACUUUUAAAUGAUCAUGAGAGCAUUCAUUUACCAAGUGUCUUUUCAUAUUCACUAAUACAACGUUGAUUAUUCCUAAAAGUGGAUUUUAAUUUGUCCAAUUCAUAAUUCAGUUCUUUUAUUUGAUUUUUCAAAAGUUUUGUUUGUGCUUUAUUCUCUCUAUUCAUCAUUGAUUUCUUUUUUAAUUCACCAAUAAUUUUCAUCACCUGUUGAUAAAAUAUAUUUUACUUAAAUGAAUUUAAAAUU